ACACAAACCACCUGUCAUUCUCUCCGGCUCCCACUCCGUCUAUCUUCGGUGUUCAUUCUUUUCCUCUCUCCGCUUGCUCCCACGCUACUAUUUUUGAACUCCCGGGCUGGGAUUCUUUUAUUUUCCCCCGCAAAUUGAGGGCUGCCUUUGCCCGAACUUUGGUCAAAGUAGGAGUCGUAUGUCCUGGUGACAAAUUCUAUCUUCCUUGCUUCUGAACCUUUACCGGUCUUGCGAAACAUCGUCUAUCGUUUCGGUCUUGUGCGCCCCAGUCUCAAACUAAGCUUCUGAUAUCACCAUGCUGCUUCCGCGGCUCUCGUCUCUCCUAUGCCUGGCCGGCCUUGCCUCGGUCCCAGUCGCCAAUGCCUACGAUGGCGAUGAUGUCAAGAGCAUUCCGCUCCGGACUCAUAGUCUCGCACCGCCAUACUUGGAUUCCGACUUCCAAAGCCGCUGGUUCGAUUUUGGUGGUGAUACGAUAAUUCGGGCGGACCAAUACAUCCGUCUUACCUCCGAUCGGCCAUCGCAGCAGGGAUGGAUUUUCUCUCGGGUUCCUCUGACCGCGACGAACUGGGAGAUCGAGGUUGAAUUCAAGAUCCACGGAAACGGCAACCUGCACGGCGAUGGAUUCGCCAUGUGGCUCACCAAGCAGCGCGCGACGCAGGGACCCGUCUUCGGCUCGACGGAUAACUUCGAGGGUCUGGGCAUCUUCUUCGAUACCUACAAGAACAACCGCCCCGGUACUACGUUCCCCUACGUCAUGGCUAUGAUGGGUGAUGGCCAGACCUCUUACGACCAGGCGCAUGAUGGCCGCGCCAACGAACUAGCUGGCUGCUCUGCUCGUGGUCUCCGUGGCGCCUCUAUCCCCACCAAGGCCCGGUUGACUUACUUCCAGGAUAAGUCCCUGACGCUGGAACUGCAGUACAAGAAGGAGGACACCUGGAUCCAAUGCUUCGAGCUCAACGCCCAGGACCACAACAUUGCUAUCCCCUCGGUCGCCUACCUCGGUUUCUCCGCGGAGACGGGCGAGCUGAGCGACAACUUCGAUAUCGUUUCCGUCAAGUCCCAGAACCUGUACAGUGUUGGCGGCAGCAGUGCCGGGGGCGGCAAGGGUCCCUCCGGUCGCGCCCGCCAGGACUCUGGCAAGGUCAAGCGCCGGCAGAAGAAGGGCAGCUGGGGCUGGUUCCUGUUUAAAGUGAUGUUGUUCCUGGCGGCUGUCGUUGGUGCCUAUGUUGGUUGGACUGCUUAUCGGUCCAAGCAGCGUUACUCGAGAUAUUAGAGAGCGGGUGAAGCGAGAAGAAAGUUUCGAGUUCUUUUUGUAUCUGUGAAUGCGUAUAUGAAUUUGACUGAGCAGGUGAAAAUCAAGUUAGCCAUCAGCACUGACGGCGUUUCUGUUGUUGG